UUCUUCCCACCUUCUCUUUUCUUCCAUCCAACACCCUUUCUUAGUUUUCUUGUUCGAUCUUUCACCCCCCCCACUUUCCUCGAAAAAACCUUCCGUACGCCUAUUUAAAAGACAUCCUCACCCAUCUUUUUAUAUGUGCUAAUACACCUACCAGCACCUCUCCUUUUACUGUAUCUUUGCCACUCUUUAAGAGACCAAGAUAUGGACAACAAGCUAAGUGUUCACCACAAAAGAAGCCCCAAACAAACCAAACCAAAGAAGAAACCAAUCAAGAUUGUCUACAUAUCAAACCCCAUGAAGGUGGAGACCAGUGCCUCAGAAUUCAGAGCUCUGGUUCAAGAACUUACUGGGCAGGACUCCGAUUAUCGGUCAUCGUCGUCCUCGUCGUCGCCGUCGUCGUCCGGCUUUCCAAAAUUUAAUGAGAAAGGUGUAGCUGAUGAUCUUUUAAAGCCCUCUGAUCGGGCCACCAGGGCCCUGGAAGAUGAUCCUGACCAUUCAGGGCCGUUCCUUGGCGUGGACCCAAGUCGUGAAUUGUCGUCCGUUGAUUGGCUUGAUGAUGUAUUCACACCCCAGAUGAUGGAAAACUUCACAGGAUUAUUGCCUUCCAACCCUUUGAUGCUUAUGUAAGUUGUGUAUAUGAAUUAUGUGGUUUUAAGUUAUAUGUGUUUAUGUAAUUAUAUUCAUAAAGAUAUAUAUACAUAUAGAUAUGGAAGGGAUA